AUGAAGCCCGUCGUAUCAGCAUUCAAUGCAUGGAGCUGUGUUGUCGUUUCCGCCUUCGCAAUCAUCAUCCUCUCCAUUCUCGGCGCUCUCUUCAAAACCGACCACCACUCGAUGAUGGGCUCUACUAGUAGUCCGGAGGACGGAGGAGCGGUUGCAGCAUCGAUAUUCAUCGCUGUCGCAGUCUACGCUGCCUUCCUGGUGUUCUGCGGUUUUCAAGCUCUACUGCACAUCAGACACAGUCGCAGGGGAACAAUUUCAUUGAAUUGA